GCAAAAUGAGUUCGCCUACCACUCUGGCUGUGCACAGAGAACUUGCCGCCCGAUUGGAACACGACGAUAUAGUUUCAAAUAUGUCGGCUGCAAGAACAUGUUCACCCACAAGAAAGAGUUACAUGUUAAGUGUGCGUGGCGAUCGAUCAAGAUCAGAACAAGGGCCGCAUCCCUUAGCAGUCACGCAACAUUUGUGGGGUGGUGCAAAAAAGACUAGAAAAAGAACUUCUGCUCCGCAAAUGGGUGGAACAAAUGCUGGAGGGUUAAGAACAGCGCUGAUCUUGAGGUCAAGGAGGUCGUGGCCAGUGGCUCCAGUUACGCAAUACAGGUAG